UCCAACCCCCAACUGUAAUACUCUGGAUUUAUAACAGUUUUUGACUUUGUUUUCUCGUAACCAAUGUUACUGGCAUUAAAGAAAAUAAUUGGAUUACGCGACACGGCUUUCCAGAAACUGGCUUGCCCGUGAGUUGUAAGCCAUUCUUGGCCAGCUAACAUUUUUUUGCAAUUUCUCUGGUUAAAACAAGUGCUGGUUCCAUUCGUUGGUCAACGUCGCUUAUUUGUACUUAAUACGGUUCUGUACUGACUGCAUGUUUUACGCGAUUUUCCCUCUUCUCGGACAGUUUAUUGUAUUGAUGAAAACUCCCUUUUCACUUUAGGCUUCAUGCUUGAAAAUAACCAAAAUCUCAUAAAAAUCAGUCUGAACUCUGCAAUAUGACGUCGAAAAGAGGCUACUGUCCGACCUCUCAAAUAUACCAAAUUUAGCGUUGACCGGUGCACAGACGGGUAUUUUACCAUUCUAGCUGGCCAAAAGUCGAUUAUAAAAAGUAUAAAAUGUACCAAAAAAAUUAUCAGACGGUUUCGACAAAUGAUCAGAGAUCGCUUUUUUGUGGGUUUUGCUAAUGUUAAAAUAAAUUUAGUUUCUCUUUAUCAGUCUAAACUUCGUCUUUGUGUCGAGUAUAUUUAGCGAUUUUUAUUUGAAUUUAAGUUUAUAUAUUCCUUACGUUUUAGUGCUACGUAUAGUGUAUUAAUUCUCUAGGAAAUAAUGGAAGGUGAUGAAGCAGGUAAACGACUAUUAGCAUAACACAGCUUUAUUUAUCCUGGAGAUAUUUUCAAUAUUUUUUAUGCAUCAAACCGAUCUUUGUUCAUUCUUGAAAUUUUCAUCUAUUUUUUUUUUCGUUAAGAGAAUUAAUUUAUUUCCGGGCACAAUUAUGGAAUUAAUUUUGUGGCAAAAAUAUUCUACAAGAUUGUAGUUUCUGACAGUAAAAAAAACUAUUCCACAUAUUUCCCCCCUUUUCGAAGAAAUUUAUAAGAAAAUUAAAAACUACAAAACUUUGUUUUCAGAAAUAUUUUAUUUUAGUUUACAACAUAGAUUUUCUGUUACUUUAGGUUGCUCCAAUGUAAAACUUUUUACCCGAUUGAAGUUGUACAACUUAAUGAGAAGACAGAACUUACCAACUUUCAAUGACAAAUUGAACUAUUUAGAAAAUUAUCUUCUAUCUGUUGAAUCAUUUUGUGGUGAAGAAAGGCUUUUUAUAAAACAAAAGUUUUCUCAUGAAAAAUUUGAAUUUAAAAGGCGUUGGGUGGCUGCUCAUUACACAGAAGAAAGAUUUUUGGAAAAAAAUAACUUAUGGUUGCAAGGAGUUUUCGGAAUUCCUAAGCCAUAAUUCCUAAGGGCCACUUCAGGAAGGCCAGAAAAAGCCUUUUCAGACUUAAGAGGCGAAAGACCGACGAGUUGAGGGGUAAAUUUAGCCCGGAAAUUAUAGGCUAUGUUACUCAGAUGCAGCUAAGAUCGGAAGGCCAUUAAAACGCUAAGCCAAAAAGUUAUGUUGUAAGGGAACUAAUCAGUAAUCCCGCAAAAGGCACCGAGUAUAAAAACGCUAUAAUUGGAAAAGAGCAAAAAAGGACGAUUUGCGCAUUUCUCCUUUAAAUGCGUUGUCAAUGCUGGUGGAAGCAGAUCUAUCAAGGCGUCAAUAUGAAAUUAUUAGAAGUACAAACAAAAUGUUUUAUCCCUGUUAUAGUCUAGUCUGUUAUAGAAAGAUUGUUACCCAAAUAAAAGUGCAUUUAGGGUAACCGAAACUUGUGCUGAAAUUAGAUUACAAGAUCUAAUGUAUCAUACAGUUUUACGAUUACUCACUUAUCUUGAGGACGUUUUGGAAUUGCUAAGUGAACAAGAAUGUACAAAUCUAGUUUUGAUAUGUAAAUGGGGAUGUGACGGAUCCCAGCAGUCACAAUUUAAACAAAAGUUUAGUUGCGAGGAAGAUUCUGACUGUAAUAUCUUUCAAAGUUCUUUUGUACCAGUCAAGCUUAUAUGUGACUUGAACCAAAAUGUGAUUUGGCAAAAUCCGACGCCAUCAUCCCCUAUAUUUUGUCGACCAAUUAGAAUUCGUUUUAUAAAGGAGUCUGUAGAUAUUACCAAAGAAGAAAUAUGUUUUGUAGAAAAUUCGUAUCUAUAAUGGCCGUACCUAUAGUCCGAUCUCAAUCUCAGACUUGAGUCGAACUUAGCCAAGCCUUACUCAGUAUAUUGAGAUUCCGUCUCUACUAUAGUCAAACCUUCGGGUAUUCUCGGCGAAGCAAAGCUUGAGCAAACGAUGUCUAGUAACAUUUGUGUUUUUAGUAACAAUUCUAGUGAUUUUUGAAAUGUAAUAUUUGAAACACUGCGUAAACAUAACCAAUAUUUUAUAAUUUUCCAACUCGUCUUUUUACUUUUGUCUUUUGUCUGCCUUUUCCUGUGUGUUUCUGAUUUUGAUUGUGUUUUGCCGUUUUUGUUAUAAUUAUAAAUGGAUCAAGACGAUAUUGACGAUUUCCGAGAGUAUCUCGACUAUUUGGAAGAGGUAGUCGAAAAUGAAAGAGUGCCCAAAAGGUAUAUUCGAGAUGCCGAAAAUCCUAUUGACUUUUACAACGACAAAGAUUUUCGAUACCGAUACCGUUUUUCAAAAGCUAUUGUUCUGGAGGUUACACUACCACGCAUUAUACAUCGUUUAGUACGAGUUAAUAACCGAGGCUUACCCAUAUCACCCUUAAUACAGCUAUUAACUUGUUUACGCUAUUAUGGAACAGGAGAUUUUCAGACGGUUAGUGGGGAUUUACGAGGAAUAAGUCAACAAUCGGUAUUCCUUAUAAUAAGAAGGAUUUCGGAGGAAAUAUGUAGGCUUUUGUCUGAAUAUAUUCAGCAUCCUGGCUUAGAACAAAAGCGACGAAACGUACGGUUGUUUCAGGCAAUAGCUGGAUUUCCUGGGGUGGCAGCAUGCAUAGAUUGUACACACAUAAAAAUCGUUAACCCAGGAGGCGAUAAUGCUGAAGUUUUCAGAAAUCGCAAAGGCAUCUUCUCCUUGAAUGUUCAAGUUGCAAUUGGUCCUCAGAUGGAAAUGUUGGAUAUUGUUGUCAGACAUCCCGGAUCAGUUCAUGACAGUGUCUUCGAUAGAAGUGCUCUUCGAGUAUUUUGUGAAAGAGGACAAAUGGGUGGCUUUCUUUUGGGGGAUAAUGGAUAUCCUUGUCGACCAUACUUGCUGACACCAAUAAUUCAUCCAGGCAAGUAAUGUACGUGAUGAACGCUACAACAGAGCUCACAAGAGUACAAGAAACAUUGUUGAACGUGUGUUUGGUGUUUAUAAACGAAGGUUUCCAUGCUUGUAUAGAGGUCUGACAACAAAAUUAGAAACAACCCAAGCAAUAAUUUAUGCUACAGCAACUUUAUAUAAUUUAGGUGUAAAAUGUAAGGACAACUUUAUUUUUGAGGACGAGGUGGCUGAGAAUAUAGAUGAUGAUAUUGGCAAUAAUUAAUGUUCCGUUGGAUCAGUUAGGGUUAGGUUUUAGAAAUGAAUUUAUACAAAAUCAUUUUUAGUAUUAUUUUUUGUUUGUUAAUAGUACUGGUAGUAUAUUCAACCAGUGUUUUUUUUUAAAUAUUAAUUGUAGUAAGAAUGUGUUGGUUUUAAAAUUUCCUUAUGCUUUUUAUAAAUAUGUUAUAAGCAUUACUUUAAUUUGUGUUUAAAUUUUUGUGGUUAAAAUGAU